AUGGCUUCUCGGGCUUCGAUGUUCUCUAGACGAUUCCCCCCUCUGCCUAUCGGGCUCUCGUUCUCGUCGCCUCUCCCACUUCGCUGGACCUUGCCUUCAGACCUAGCUCCUGUUCCUGGCUGGGCUUCGUUGGGGGCGAUCUUGCCGGAUGUAUUUCUUAAGGUGCCCCUGGCGGAUCAGCUCCUUUAUCUUAUCCCAGAGCGUGUGGCAUUCUUCAGUGGUAUGGCCGAUCGUCCGAUGAUACUGACAGUGCUUGCUGCCAUCGGCGUCGGGGAGAAGCAAGAUUCUUGGCAAGACCAAGUAGUAAACAUAAGACAACCAGAUAUCAGUAAUUGUAAUAAGAACUCUGCUCGUGGAUUUGAAGUGAUCGACAAAAUGAAAUCGGCUGUGGAAGAAGUGUGCCCGGGUAUAGUCUCAUGCGCUGAUAUCUUGGCUCUAGCUGCAAGAGAUUCAAUUCAAAUCAUUUCUUGUGAUGCACCUGUUUCCCAGGCUCUGGAAUCGAACAAAACCAUUUGUAAUGAACCGUUGGGAAAAAGACUAGCAGUGAUUCAGGUUCAACAGUUGUUUCUGUGGCUCCUCCAUUAA